UGCGCCGCUGUAUUGAUAUCACUCCGAAUUCAAAAAUCCCAUUUUAUCAGCUUGAGUUUGACAUUUAUUCUUGAAAAAAUCGUUCCCUUAUCACUGUAAUCACUGUUCUAUCGCCCAAUUCUCCCCGAAACGUGUAAUUUUGUGAUAUAUCUCGUCGUGAAGUGUAAAUGGAUGAGUCAUGCGCGUUCAGUUAUGAUUCGGCCAUGUUCCCAAGUGUAUAUUGUUAAAGUGUCGAAGUGAAUUUAGUUGUUUUCGAGGGAAAUUAGCACAGUUCCGGCCUAAAAAUGGCAGGAAACUCCGGAAUGGAGCAGCUUAUUCCCAUCGUGAAUAAGCUGCAAGACGCUUUCACCCAGUUGGGGGUGCACAUGAGCCUGGAUCUGCCCCAAAUCGCUGUUGUGGGCGGACAGUCGGCUGGAAAAAGCUCCGUUUUGGAGAAUUUCGUCGGAAAAGACUUCCUUCCGAGAGGAUCCGGGAUUGUCACCAGAAGGCCCCUUAUCCUACAAUUGAUUAACUCCAAUUCGGAAUAUGCUGAAUUUCUCCACUGUAAAGGCAAAAAAUUCGUCGAUUUCGACGAAGUGCGUCGCGAGAUUGAAGCGGAAACGGACCGAGUCACCGGAAGUAACAAAGGAAUAUCGAAUAUUCCCAUCAACUUGAGGGUGUACUCACCCCAUGUGUUAAAUUUAACCCUGAUCGAUCUACCGGGCUUGACAAAAGUGCCCAUUGGCGAUCAACCCCUCGACAUCGAACAACAAAUCAAAGGGAUGAUAAUGCAGUUCAUCAAACGUGAAUCGUGUCUCAUCUUGGCCGUAACUCCCGCCAACACCGAUUUGGCCAACUCGGAUGCCCUCAAACUGGCCAAAGAGGUCGAUCCUCAAGGUCUUCGGACGAUUGGUGUUAUCACGAAGCUUGAUUUGAUGGAUGAAGGGACCGACGCUCGGGACGUGCUAGAAAAUAAGCUUUUGCCCUUGAGAAGGGGUUAUAUAGGUGUGGUGAAUCGCUCACAGAAGGAUAUCGACGGGCGGAAGGAUAUCAAGGCGGCGAUGGCGGCCGAAAGGCAAUUCUUUUUGUCGCAUCCCUCGUAUAGACAUCUUGCCGAUAGGUUGGGAACACCCUAUUUGCAAAGGGUGUUGAAUCAACAAUUGACCAACCACAUAAGGGAUACGUUACCAGGAUUGAGGGAUAAAUUGCAGAAGCAGUUGUUGACGCUUGAGAAGGAUGUCGAGCAGUUUAAGCACUUCAGGCCCGAUGAUCCUGCGAUUAAAACCAAGGCGAUGUUACAGAUGAUCCAACAACUCCAAACCGACUUCGAACGCACGAUCGAAGGUUCCGGUUCGGCUCAAAUCAACACAAAUGAAUUAUCAGGUGGUGCAAAAAUCAAUCGUUUAUUCCACGAGCGUUUUCCCUUCGAAAUCGUCAAAAUGGAAUUUGAUGAAAAGGAACUGCGACGAGAAAUCGCUUUCGCAAUUCGCAAUAUUCACGGUAUCAGAGUGGGGCUUUUCACCCCCGAUAUGGCAUUCGAAGCAAUCGUUAAAAAACAAAUUGCUCGAUUGAAAGAACCCUCACUAAAAUGCACCGAUCUAGUGGUCACUGAAUUGUCAAAUGUUGUGCGCAUGUGCACUGAUAAGAUGUCGCGCUAUCCGCGACUAAGAGAGGAGGCAGAACGAAUCAUCACCACACACAUCAGACAGAGAGAGCAAUAUUGCAAGGAACAGUUGUGCUUACUUAUCGACUGCGAACUGGCUUAUAUGAACACAAACCAUGAGGAUUUUAUCGGUUUUGCCAAUGCCCAAAAUCAGUCCGAGAAUGCUUCUAAGACUGGGUCACGUGGCACUUUGGGCAAUCAAGUGAUCCGGAAAGGCUACAUGUGUAUCCAUAAUUUGGGUAUAAUGAAAGGAGGGUCACGUGAUUAUUGGUUCGUUCUCACGUCUGAAAACAUCUCAUGGUAUAAGGAUGAGGAAGAGAGGGAGAAAAAAUACAUGUUGCCAUUGGAUGGCUUAAAACUGAGAGACAUAGAACAGGGUUUUAUGUCACGACGACACAUGUUUGCGUUGUUUAAUCCUGACGGUCGUAACGUCUACAAGGAUUACAAACAACUCGAAUUGAGUUGUGAGACUUUGGAUGAAGUCGAUUCGUGGAAGGCGUCGUUCUUGAGGGCGGGGGUUUACCCGGAAAAGCAGACGGAACAAGUGAACGGCGAAGAGGCCGGUGGUGAGAACGUGAGCAGUUCAAUGGACCCCCAACUCGAACGUCAAGUGGAAACAAUUCGAAAUUUGGUCGACAGUUACAUGCGAAUCGUGACAAAAACAACCCGAGAUCUAGUACCAAAAACAAUAAUGUACAUGAUCAUAAACCACACCAAAGACUUCAUAAACGGCGAACUUUUAGCCCACAUUUACGCCAGUGGUGAUCAGUCCCAAAUGAUGGAAGAAGCUCCCGAAGAGGCCCAAAAACGCGAAGAAAUGCUCCGUAUGUACCACGCGUGCAAGGAGGCGUUGCACAUCAUCGGUGACGUUUCCAUGGCGACGGUUUCCACGCCCGUGCCGCCUCCGGUGAAAAAUGAUUGGUUGGCGAGCGGCCUUGAGAAUCCACGUUUGUCGCCACCGAGUCCAGGCGGACCCAGAAAAACCGCCCCCAAUAUGGGACAAGUCGGCAGCACUGGUUUGUGUAACUUUAAUAAUAAUUUAGGUUUUUUUUGUAAAUUUCUGAUAGGUUCGUUAGGUUCGAGGGCUCCGCCGCCGCCCCCAAGCUCCGGGAGACCGGCCCCCGCCAUUCCGAACCGCCCCGGGGGCGGAGCACCCCCAAUGCCCCCAGGCAGGCCGGGAGGACAAGCCUUGCCGGCGCCCCUCGUCCCCACUCGAAUUGGGGGCCAAGGACCGCAAGGGGGCGUCCAAGUGCCUCCUCAGGUGCAGAUGGCAGUCGGACGCGCUGUUACCAAUGCUGCUAUCAACGAACUCUCCAAUGCCUUCAAGUUCCAUAAUCGGCCAGUUCCAAACAUACCUCCAAGAAUACCAGACAGGCCAAACCCGGGACGACCAAAUUAAGUUCUAGUCAAAAUUGAAACGAUGGGACCAACAAGGUUAAUUUAGUGAUUGUUAAGACUUGGCGCUUUUUCAGUACAAUGACAGUAAUUUGUACCUAGUCUAAUGUAUAGUAUUACCCCCAGUCCCGCUUUUGUACAUAUCUGUAUUCACCAUUUGUAAUAUAUUGUUUAUUUUUAUUACAGUAUUAUUUUUA